UUCUAGUUUCGCUUUCGUUGGAGCGGCCCCAGACCCUCGCCGCGCAGGGACCGAGACUGACGCCAGCUCUGGCCGCCUGGCCGCCCGGUCGCCGAGGACACGAUGGCAAGCGAUCAAGGCUGUGGUGCGGAGCAAGCAGCUGGGGACGCAGGCAGCCCAGAUGCAGUCGAUGCUAAGCCAGACCGGUCCUUCUUUGUCCCAUCACUCUUCAGUAAGAAGAAGAAGAAUGACGCGGGGAAAUCAAUCAAGACCGCCCAGGACCGAGUGCUUACAUAUCAGUAUAACAUGAAUUUUGAGAAGGUGGGCAAAUGCAUCAUAAUAAACAACAAGAACUUCGACCAAAAGACAGGUAUGAGCGUCCGAAAUGGGACGGACAAAGAUGCUGAGGCCCUUUUCAAGUGCUUCAGAAACCUGGGCUUUGAUGUGGUCGUCCAUAAUGACUGUUCUUGUGCCAAGAUGCAAGAUCUGCUGAAGCAAGCCUCUGAAGAGGACCACAGAAAUUCCGCUUGCUUCGCCUGCAUCUUGCUAAGCCACGGAGAAGAAAAUUUAAUUUAUGGAACAGAUGGCGUGACAGCAAUAAAGGACUUGACCGCCCAUUUUAGGGGGGACAGAUGCAGAAGCCUUCUAGAGAAACCCAAACUCUUCUUCAUUCAGGCUUGCCGGGGGACAGAGCUCGAUGAUGGGGUCCAGGCCGACUCGGGGCCGAUCAAUGACACAGAUGCCAAUCCUCGAUAUAAGAUCCCCGUUGAAGCCGACUUUCUCUUCGCCUAUUCUACGGUUCCAGGCUAUUACUCAUGGAGGAACCCAGGAAGCGGGUCCUGGUUUGUGCAGGCCCUGUGCUCCACCCUGAACGAACACGGCAAGAGCCUGGAGAUCUUGCAUAUCCUCACCAGGGUGAACAACAGGGUGGCCAGGCACUUCGAGUCCCAGUCUGAUGACCCCCACUUCCACGAGAAGAAGCAGAUCCCGUGUGUGGUCUCCAUGCUUACCAAGGAACUCUACUUCUGAAAAAAUAACCAUUUCAGGGAUGCGUUCGAGCUGAAAAGCUACGGAUCAUUUGUUCACGAGUCUUUUUUUUUUUUUUUUUUGAUGCUCUUGAAAUACCCAGAAAUUCUAAAGGAUUUUAAUUCAGGAACAUUUAUUGAUUCAACAGGAAAGAAACUUUCUGGUGCUGUCUUACGUUCUUAUGUUUUUGGAGACUUUUUUUUUUUUUUUUAAUAAUGUUACCUAUUUGAUGGCUUUGUAAUUUCUUCUUCAGACUAAUUUUCUGUUUGUAUUUUUCUCCUUGUUGUCCUACUUAGUACAUACAACAGAAACAAGUUCCGCAGACUCUUGGCUGUGUCCAUCAUGAUUGGUGGUGACAUGGCAGACAGGGUCUACCUGGCCAGGAGGGUUCCAGUGCUUGGAAAAAAGCAGCCUGUAUUCACCUGUAUUGCAGAAAAUGGGUAUUGAGUGCGAUUUGAGUGAUUUCUCAUCGGCUUAGGGCAGAUUCUCAUGCAGAACUUCCCAGAUAAGUUAAAGGGGGAAAAAUAUUAAUGAUUCUAAUAUGUCUGUCUGAUAGAAAACAGAAACCAUUCUAGGUAUUUCAAUAGAGGUAAUUUCAUAGAGGAAAUUGACCUACAAAGAUGAUAAAAGAGAAGCCAAAUAAAAGGAAUCUGUGACCACCUAGGACUAUGAAAAGGUGUGGUCUCCUUAAUCCAGAAGCUGGGGUAGCUACCCACAGGAGCCAGCAGUGUGAUGGGGGCUGCCUGGUGAGAGCCAGGACCACCGAGGGAUUGUGGAAAUUGGAGCCAUGGCAGAGACAAAGCCCCUGCCUGAGGUGGGGCAAGACCAGCUGGGUCAGAUAUGGAGAGAUACCCUGGCUUCAUCUCUCCUGCCCUCUAGUCUUCCUCCCGCACCUUACCUGGAAGCCAGAUGACAAGGGCCCUGGGAAACGUGAUUUUCUGCAAAUACAGAGCACAGCAAAGCCUAGUGAGGCAGGACAGGAACAAGAAAUGGAUAUCAGAAUGGCCCAUAAUGUGAAUAUAAGUAAUCCUAUUCCCUGAUGUGCAGCGACUCCUCCCUUCAAUCAUUUAUUCACUGAGUUGUCAGAUAAUCUCCGUAUUGCCCACUAUGUGCAAAAUCUUUUUUUAGCUUUGAAAUCUACCUGGAACUUUUUAGAUUAUUCCAGUCCUUAUUCUGAGUAAAUUCUUUGUUACCUCUAAUUCUCUAUGGGGGAAAAGUUUAUGGCAAAGAUUUUUGCACUUUGUUUUCAAGGUUACCUUUUGAAUUCUUGACUAUUUUAUUCUGGCUUAAUAACUGGUUAACAUACAGAUGUUCAUAUUUAUUGAUUAAAAUGUGAUUGCUUAAUUCCUAA